ACCAGAACCUCCAUAGACUCACUCACGUUAGCCAUUCAUAUGUCCAUAACUUACCAACUUAAUUAUACUUUAACUCAUUAACCCGUCCAACUUCUAAGACUCGCUGACAUCAUCACUCGACGUCCCGAGACCAUCUUCAGUUAACUUCGAUUACCAUGGCCAUCUCACAGCACAAACCAAUUCCAUGACUGGGACAGAGUCACGAUAGCACGGUAACAGACAGUAUGCUUAACACGGCAUACCGACAUAGCAACCUGAAUAUGAAAGUGUUAACAGAUCACAAAAUUCUCCUUAAACCUUAGAAAGCAACAUAAAAAACAGCCACAAUCCAAAGUAAAAAAACAGCUUCAAUCCAAAGUAAGCGCAAAGGACACCUCUCCCUGAUACAUGGCAGGCCUAUACUUCUGUCUCAGUCGACAACCUCUCAGCGCGAUCACCAUAUAUGCAACAACUACAAGAAAACCACUGCAAGGCAAUAUACUCGUCAUCCCAAGAGCAAAACGCAACAAGAAUGGUCUCUGAAAAUGGUGUGCCUCGCCUGAGGGUUAGAAGAAACCCCUAUAUCCUUGCCUUUGGUAUGGCAGUAGCCGCUAUCAGUUCAAUUGCCCUGAUGUCCGCUGCUAUCCUUGCCACCACACCCAUGAUCUGGCCUUAUACUCCUGAAGUCCAGGCAGGCAGCCUUCACAUCAGACGUGACUCGGGGCCUGACGACCCAAUUCCUAUAGCAUGCCACUCGCAUAACGACUAUUGGAAGCCUAAGCCUUUCACCGGUGCUAUCGCGGCUGGUUGCAUUGGCAUCGAAGUAGAUGUGUGGGAGGUCCGGGAUGAUCUCAUGGUCGGCCAUGCCAAAGGCGAUCUAGCAGCCGGCAAAACUUUGACGUCCAUGUACAUUCAACCUCUAGUGAACUUACUCGGGGUUCGAAACCAAGACAGAGAUCCAGGGCUUCUACCUCGAGGUGUAUAUAACCGCGAACCCAACCAGACUGUAGCGUUGCUGGUGGACUUGAAGUCGAAUCCGGAUAAAUCAUGGCCACUGUUACUGGAGAAGCUAGAGCCGCUUCGGCAAAGGGGGUGGUUGAGCCAUGUCAGCGACGGAAAGUUUGUGUCUAGGCCCAUCACAGUCGUGGCAACUGGUAAGACCAAGUUUCGCCAGGUGAAAGAAGCCAACCCUUCACAAGACGUCUUCUUUGAUGCACCACUCAAGAGUCUAACAAAAGACCAAUACGACAAGACCAACUCAUACUAUGCCAGCACCUCGUUAAAAAAGUCGAUUGGCAGUAUUUUUAAGCCAGGGAAGCUAGAGUUGAUACGCGAUCAGAUCUCUCAAGCCCAUAGUCGAGGUCUCCUGGUUCGAUAUUGGGGCAUGCCAAUGAUGUCGCCGAUAGCCCGGAGACAAGUUGACAAGAAAUUGCUUGACGAAGGCGUCGAUGUCAUCAAUGUAGACAGUUUGCAGGAAGCAAAACGUACUUUUACUGAGAGGAGACACUCAAAUGACUGAGGCUUGUCCCCGAAGUAACUGAAGAGAGAACCGGUUUUCUAUAAACAUUGAGAUGAAUAUAAAUAUUAGAAGGAAUAAUUCAAAAUAAUUUUAAUACAACUUUGUAUUAGUAUUGCA